UGCCUAGUUAGUUCUCCUGAGUCCUGCCCACUCUCACAGUCGGUCUCCCUUCAUCUCUUCCCCUAUCCAAGCAAGAAACCCCGGAAGCCCUCCCCCGCAAUGGCGACCGCUGCCCAGGCCGCCGCCGCCUUCCUCUCCUCUUCCUCCGCCUCCUCCUCCCCCUCCUCCUCCUCCACCCACCACACUGCCCUAUCCUGGUCCGUCUCCUUCCUUGCAACCCCUGUCCUGCCCGCCUCCCUCCGUGCCGCUCCGAGGGCUGGACCACGACUCGCCUCCCGCUACCGGGGCCGCCACGUCGUCGCUCAGCUCCCCACCACGCAUCCGGAGGUAGCUGCUGGGAAGACGAUCCUAUGGUCAUCAAGAGCGGUGCGGUCAUUUGCGAUGGCGGAGCUGGAGGCGCGGAAAAUGAGGUAUCCGACCACAGGCACCGAGGGGCUCCUCAUGGGCAUCCUUGUAGAGGGAACCAGCGGCGCUGCAAAACUUUUGCGUGCUAAUGGAAUUUCUCUCCUCAAAGUGCGUGAGGAGGCAGCAAAUGUUCUCGGGAAAUCAGAAAUGUUUUACUUUAGUCCUAUGCAUCCACCAUUGACAGAAGCUGCCCAACGGGCCCUUGAUUGGGCUGUCAAUGAGAAAUUGAAAUUAGGCUUUCGAUGCCGAGGCUGUCCACCACCUGUCCGACCAUAUGCCUCCUACAGUCCUACCUGGAUGCCAUAAGAGGCAACCACGAAAAGGGAUCCUCUGGCUCAUGAUCCAUCGAAUGCUUUUUCACCACCAUUAAUUGUUCCUGGGGCUUCUGAAAUUUUGUCUCCAUAUAACAUGGAUUAAAUAUGCAUGUUUAGCAUCACAGGAGAUUGUACAUUCCUAUACACUGCCUCUGCAUUCUGCUAGCUACAUUGGUUACUUGAAAGAUGCAACUUUGUUUGACAUAUGAUGUACUGGUUUGGCUUGUUUAUGCAACAGGGUUUAACUUCAUUUGUUGCUGAUACUUACUACCUUUGAAUAUAUCUAAUUAAACUAUUGUUUUCAUUUUGCUUUCAGCUGUUCUCUUACACAUUUUCUAGAGUUCUAGUGUCCUUUUUGUCCUCGCUUCACACUAGAUGCAACAGGGUUUAACUUCAUUUGUUGCCGACACUACCUUUGAAUAUAUCUAAUUAAACUAUUGUUUUCAUUUUGCUUUCUGCUCUUCUCUUACAAAUUUUCUAGAGCUCUAGUGUCCUUUUUGUCCUCGCUGCACACUAGAGGCAGUUGAGUUGGGCUCCACCACAUACUAAAACAAUUACAUUGCAUCCGGUUCUUCUAAAAACCUGUUCCAACUCUUGGUUUGUACUGCAUCUAUAGGUAUGAUGAUGGUUCUGAGAUUUAUUUAACAAUGAUUUCGUCUUGUGGAACCAAUUUCUAGAUAUCCCUCAUCUUGUUCAAAUUUUAUUGUAAACUGGUGGUAAAUGCUGGAAGAAAACAAAUACAUCCUUAAUAGAGCUUUCAAUGGCCCGUAUUUAUGUGAGUAUAGGAAUAUCUCCCAAGCAUCAGACCCUGCUGACCGUGUUCCCAUUGGUGGGACUAAAAUAUUUGUCAUUUCCAGCUGAAUGGAGGAUUUGCCAACUCCAUUCUUGCGAUGGCUUGAGAAAGCUGUUUCAGAGAAUCUUGUGUGACAGAUAUAGUCGUGUCUAGACGGAUUAGAGCUGCUUGUAUUUUGUUGCAACCCAGACUGAACUCAACCUGUGGUGACUUUUUGGCUCAGCAUAGCAGAAUUAAUGAUGUAUACAUGAAUAUUGUUUAAACUUACAAACAGGGCAUGUUUGUUCCGAGGUAUUGCAUUUGAAAGAGGGGUAUUUGGUUGGGAUUUAGUUCAGGUUUGUAUGGGAUCUUGUUUAUUCCAUGUAUUGCAUUUGGAUGAGGACCAGUCCAUAGCACCAGCAUGGCAUUCUUGGGUUGAUCGAACUUAAGGUUUGCAGGACUGAGCUGGUCAGCAACCUGUACUGUUUUGCUGGGUCAUGAUUUAUGCAUGUUUAAGCUUGAAAUUGUAAUAGAUGAUGAUUAAAUUCGAGAAUGUAUUUGAUUAAGUGUGACAUGAGAUUUGAAGGGCUUGGAGAAGGCUGUUUGGCCUUAGGUGCUUAGAGCAUAGUUUCUAUGCUGACAUGCCAUUUUUGUUCUGUAUUUCUAAGUAGGACCUGCAUCAACUACAGUACUAGUUUUAAAUUCAUUCAGAAACCGUGCACAAAUUGACUCGCUAUGCCUACUGUAGCUACAGUACAGUAUAGAAGGUGCUUGCUAUGCUGGGUAUGAAGACUACUCCAUAAGAUUAGUGGUCUGGUGAUAAUUUUUAAGACCAAAGGACCAAUGCCCCGCUUUAUUAGAAAGAAAGUCCCAGUGGUGAGUUUUGACUAGAGUUUUCCUGCAGAUUACUGCAAUUCAAGGUGGAGGAUUUUUAUGGCCUUUCAUGUACGCUUUUGCUCCAGUUAUGUAUGUCGGGUAGCUGAUUUGCAUAUGCACUUGAGCAUAAUCGAAUUUGAAUUGUGCUGUAUCUCUUUUAUAUUUCAUCAGCCUAUCUAGUAUUAUUCCUGUGUUUUGUUCAAUGAAUUGAAUUCUGA